CCCGGGCGCCUGGGUGCGUGUGCCCGCCCCUGGGCGCUUCUAUCUGUGUGUGCCUCCGGCUUCCAAUCUUUCCUCUGGGAGGGGGAGGAGUGGCUGCGAGGAGUGAGAGACAAGCGGGCAGGCCGGGAAGGGUGGGGGAGCAGAGGGAGGGGGAACCGGCCGGGGGAGGAGGAGAGACGAGAGGAGGCGGCUCUGGCAGCGCGCGCGGCGGCGGCGGCGGCGCGGAGAGCUUGGACCGGGAGCCCAGAGCUCGGCUGGGCAGCGGGAGAGGAGCAGCCGCAGGAACUGCAGCUCUGUCAGCUUGGGCCGAGCCUAGAGACACCGGCCUGGCUGGUCCACGCCAGCCGCAGACCAAAGCUGAGCAUGGAGCUGUCCCCUCGCAGCCCUCCCGAGAUGCUGGAGUCGGAUUGCCCGUCAGCACUGGAGCUGAAGUCAGCCCCCAGCAAGAAGAUGUGGAUUAAGCUUCGGUCGCUGCUACGCUACAUGGUGAAGCAGUUGGAGAAUGGGGAGGUCAACAUUGAGGAGCUGAAGAAAAACCUGGAGUACACAGCUUCCCUGCUGGAGGCCGUCUAUAUAGAUGAGACCCGGCAAAUCUUGGACACGGACGAUGAGCUGCAGGAGCUCCGGUCAGAUGCUGUGCCUUCGGAGGUGCGGGACUGGCUGGCGUCCACCUUCACCCAGCAGGCCCGGGCCAAAGGCCGCCGAGCGGAGGAGAAGCCCAAGUUCCGCAGCAUCGUGCACGCCGUGCAGGCCGGGAUCUUCGUGGAGCGGAUGUUCCGGAGAACAUACACCUCUGUGGGCCCCACCUAUUCCACGGCGGUCCUCAACUGUCUCAAGAACCUGGACCUCUGGUGCUUUGAUGUCUUUUCCUUGAACCGGGCAGCAGAUGACCACGCUCUGAGGACCAUUGUUUUUGAGUUGCUGACUCGGCAUAACCUCAUCAGCCGCUUUAAGAUUCCCACUGUAUUUUUGAUGACUUUCCUGGAUGCUUUGGAGACAGGCUAUGGGAAGUACAAGAACCCUUACCACAACCAGAUCCAUGCAGCUGAUGUUACCCAGACGGUCCACUGCUUCUUGCUCCGCACAGGGAUGGUGCACUGCCUGUCGGAAAUCGAGGUGUUGGCGAUCAUCUUUGCAGCAGCCAUCCAUGACUAUGAGCACACAGGCACUACCAACAGCUUCCACAUCCAGACCAAGUCAGAAUGUGCCAUCCUAUACAACGAUCGCUCAGUGCUGGAGAAUCACCACAUCAGCUCUGUUUUCCGAAUGAUGCAGGAUGACGAGAUGAACAUUUUCAUCAAUCUCACCAAGGAUGAGUUUGUAGAGCUGCGGGCCCUGGUCAUUGAGAUGGUGUUGGCCACAGACAUGUCCUGCCAUUUCCAGCAAGUGAAGUCCAUGAAGACGGCCUUGCAACAGCUGGAGAGGAUUGACAAGCCCAAGGCCCUGUCUCUACUGCUCCAUGCUGCUGACAUCAGCCACCCAACCAAGCAGUGGUUGGUUCAUAGCCGCUGGACCAAGGCUCUCAUGGAGGAAUUCUUCCGCCAGGGUGACAAGGAGGCAGAGCUGGGCCUGCCCUUUUCUCCGCUGUGCGAUCGCACUUCCACUCUUGUGGCACAGUCCCAGAUCGGUUUCAUUGACUUCAUUGUGGAGCCCACAUUCUCUGUGUUGACUGAUGUGGCUGAGAAGAGUGUCCAGCCCCUGGUGGAUGAGGACUCCAAGUCUAAAAACCAGCCCAGCUUCCAGUGGCGCCAGCCUUCUCUGGAUGUGGAAGUGAGAGACUCCAACCCUGAUGUCGUCAGCUUCCGCUCCACUUGGACCAAAUACAUUCAGGAGAAUAAGCAGAAAUGGAAGGAACGGGCAGCAAGUGGCAUCACCAACCAGAUGUCCAUUGAUGAGCUGUCCCCCUGUGAGGAGGAGGCCCCGUCCUCCCCUGCUGAAGAUGAACACAACCAGAAUGGGAAUCUGGACUAGCCAGGGGCUGGCCCAGGUCCUCACUGAGCCCAAAGUGUUUGAUGUCAUCAGCACCAUCCAUCGGGACUGGCUCCCCCAUUUGCUCCAAGGGAGCAUGGAGAUUGAGGAAUGGACAACCCACCCAAAGGCCAAAUGCCAGAGAUUGUGGGGUUGGGGAAGGGUCCCUCCCCACCUGACAUCCAUUGGGGCACAAGACUGGGGAACUUCAGGCUCCCAGUGGCCACUGUGUCCAUGGCCCUGCCUCUGGACUCCCCCCAUGGCCAGAUGGCCGGCUGGGGAGGGGGAGCUUCCUGGAGGCUUCCCAGGGCCUGGGGAGAGCGUCAGAGAUGCCAGCUCCCUGGGCCCUCCCCCAUCCUUUUUGCCUCCAAGUUUCUAAGCAAUACAUUUUGGGGGUUCCCUCAGCCCCCCACCCCAGAUCUUAGCUGGAAGGUCUGGGUCCCCUUUUCCUCCCCUGGGAGGGGCUGGAAUAGGAUAGAAAGCUGGGGGGUUUCAGAGCCCUGUGUGUGGGAGGGGAGUCGGCUCUUUCAGGGCAUGGUAUCUUUCUAGGGCCUGGGAAUGCGGGGGACGGCCUCUUUACCCCAGACCUGCACUGCUUCAGCCCUACCCCCAGCCCGACACCCUGCAGUCUUCCCUCUCUCCCAUUCUGAAAUGGUGACUGGGGGAAGAGAGGAGCCAUUGGGGCCGGGGGCCAAGAGGAGGCCUUUCCUGGGGUCCUCAAGAGCUUGGGACUGGUCUAGGCCGCUGGGGCUUGUCACCUGCUGGCUGAGGUCUGAGCCCUUUGCCUCCUUCUCCCUGAGGCUGGGAGGCCCUCAUCCGACUAAUGUCUGUAAAGUGCUUUGAGGUCUCCCCAGCAAAGCACCUUCAGGAUGCAUCUUUUGAGCACAGGCAGGAGAGACCAGCUGGGUUAGGGUCAAGGGUGCAUGGCUGGGGGUGAGGUAUAAUCCAGCAAUACUGUGUUGCUAACAGAGGGUCCCUUCCCUCCCCUCCCCUCCCAGCACAGGCCCAGCUGCAGGCACCAAGAGGCCUCUGCCCUGUGACAAGUGGGGAGUGGUGUGGAAGGCAGAUGGGGAGGGGCUCAGGGCUGCUACUGUCAUGUCGCGUGAAGAGCGCCCAGAUAGGCCCCCUGCCCCUACCUCUCCUCAGGCUCCUCUCACCCCACCUUGUCCUAGGAAAGGCCCAAGUCCAGGUGGCUUCUCUCCUUUCUUGUAAAUACCAACCAUGCAUUUGUACAGUGGACCCUGUUCAUGUGAAGUCCAUAUCCAUGGUCUCCUAGACCUGUUCCUCCUACCCCACCCAGAGUGGGGCAGAGACGCAUGUGACUCACCCCUGCCCUUGGUCUCCCAGAACCCUGCUAUAGUCAGAGCUCAAUAAAGACGGAGACCAGG